UAUAUAUAUAUAUAUAUACAAUGAAUCCAUAAGAAAAUGUUAAUUGUAAAAACGUUAGACUUUAUUAUGUAUGUGCUUUUCUACAUUCUUUCUCUAUGUGUUUUGCAGAACACUGCUGGAGUCCUUUCAUUACCAAUGCUCAAGACAGUUCAACCAUCACUACACCAGUGAGUGAAGUAACAGAAACUUUCAAUUCAUCGACUGAAACAAAAGUUUCUGAAAAUCUACAGAACUCAAAUACUGAUCAGAAUGGAAGUACGGAGGUGCAGGACAGUGCAUCAACUACAGUAGCGACUACAGAAGUAAUAACAAGUUCCAGUCAACCUGAUGAAUCGAAAGAGGCUGAAAGCACACAGUCCCCAAGCAAUGAUCUAAAUGAACAGUCGGAAACAGUAACAACCUUAGAACAAGAAAAACACACACAGUCACCUGAUAAUAAUGAAACUGAAGUGCAAGAAACUACAAAAGGGGAGUGAAACUUCUACUAGGUGGAUCUGAAGACACUACACCACCUAAUUAUGUGUACACAACUGAAAACGGAACCGCAACAAACGAAACGGAAGAACUACCAGUCACAACCACACAAAACGAUGUAUCAGUACAAACUCUAGAUGAUUUCUACAUCACCCCAUAUUUCGAUGAGAUUUCAAUAGCGUAUUAUGAUACGAUAAUUACAGUUAUAGAAAGACUGGCAAAAGCCUUCGAGAAAAUAUAUGGAGAUGUGCAGAAACUUAAGAAGACAUUCACACCAAAAGGAUAUUAGGACUUUGUUGUGGUGACUUUGAGUUUCUACUUUUUGAAUCUACCUUCAAGCUUAUAAUUCAUGGUUCUGCAUUUGUACUAUAUUUUGUUAGUUUACCAUGAAAAUGAAGAUAUUUGUCCUCAAAUGUAAUUUUCACUAGUAAUAUACAUAUACAAUCAAAUGAAAGUACACUUUUUAAUUGAUUUA